AGCAGUAGCAAACGAAUAUGAUUUGCGCGCGAUAUUUUGGUAGCAAACUGGCACGGAUGAGUCACGGUGAGUAUUUCUGCAUUUUGCACUCCUUUAUAAAGCAGCUCGCCAGUUAGUUUCGCACUUCAGCUGUCAGCGAGAGAUUUCAUUUCAAAUUCCGUUCAGAAUUUAUCUCUCUCUUCUCUUUCUUUGAAUACUCUAAUUGUUUCGUUCUAUCUCUGGAAAGUUCUCUGAAAAUGGUGGUCUCGCAGAAGGUGAAGGAAACUGAAAUAACAGAGCAGGACUCGCUGCUUCUCACAAGGAAUCUGCUGCGGAUUGCAAUAUUUAAUAUCAGCUACAUCCGUGGCCUUUUUCCUGAGAAGUAUUUCAGUGAUAAGUCUGUUCCAGCAUUGGAAAUGAAGAUUAAGAAGCUCAUGCCAAUGGAUGCUGAGUCACGUAGACUGCUUGACUGGAUGGAGAAAGGAGUUUACGAUGCAUUGCAGAAGAAAUACUUGAGAACACUAUUGUUCUCAGUAUGUGAAGCUAUAGAUGGGCCCAUGAUUGAGGAAUAUGCUUUCUCCUUCAGCUACUCAAGUUCUGAUAGCCAAGAAGUUAUGAUGAAUGUGAAUCGUUCUGGAACAAAGAAGCGCGGGACGUUUAAAUGUAACUCUGAUGCUGAGGUAACCGCCAACCAGAUGAGGAAUUCUGCUUGUAAGAUGGUUCGUACCCUGGUUCAACUGAUGAGAACGUUGGAUCAAAUGCCAGAAGAGAGAACUAUAUUGAUGAAGCUCCUUUACUAUGACGAUAUCACGCCGGCUGAUUACGAGCCCCCUUUCUUCAGAGGCUACAAAGAAGAGGAAGCUCUUAAUCCAUGGACUAAAAGUCCUCUCAAAAUGGAUGUUGGAAAUGUGAACAGUAAACAUUUUGUACUUGCUCUCAAGGUGAAGAGUGUUCUUGACCCCUGUGAAGAUGAUAAUGAUGAUAAUCAUAGUGAUAAUGUGAGCUUAGCUGCUGACUCUGCCCAGAGAGAUGAUAGCGACAUUGAUAGUGAGUCCAGUCAAUCUGAUGAUGAUCAAUAUGUAGUUGCCCCUAGAGAGAAAGGAGAGAAGGAACAAAAUGCUCCUCUAGUUGAUGAAGGAUGUUCAGAUGAUACACAGGACCCAGCAGAGGAUGAGCACCAAAUUGGGCGGGUCAGGGAUUGGAUCAAUGCUCACCACCUUGCCAAAGUUGAACUGACUGAUGUUUUCUCCAGUUUUCCUGACAUUUCAGUGGCUUUGAUAGAAGGUACCUGAAGAACAUCCUGGUUAAGCUUUACAAUAAUAAUAAAGGAACCUUCUUUAUCAAUUUGAGUUCGAUACUUAAUGCAUUUAUGCUUUUUUUCAGAACUUAUGGCAAAGCUUGUCACGGAAGGCGUUGUGUCAAAGACUGAUACAGAUACUUUUACCAUUAACAAGCAGAAUAAAUUCGAUGCCGUGAAAGAAGAAAUGGACUGUCAGUUUGGGCCAAAAGGCAACAAUGCAAAAAAGGGCAGUAAUCAAGAUUACAUGUAUAUGAAGGCUUUAUACCAUGCACUUCCCAUGAACUAUGUAUCUGUUUCAAAGCUUCAGAGUAAACUUGAAGGGCAAGCCAGUCAACCUACAGUUCGCAAAUUAAUAGAUAAGAUGACCCAAGAUGGCUUUAUUGAAGCUAAAAGCAAUCGCAAAUUAGGGAAGCGUGUGAUCCACUCAGAUCUGACUGAAAAGAAGCUUAGUGAAGUAAAGAAAGCUUUAGAAAAGGAUUUUAUGGAAGUGGAAAACCAUGAAUCAGUUAACAACCUUAAGGACUUGUCCACAUGCGGUGGUCUCCACUCAAUUGGGUCAGAUGUCACCAGAACAAAGGGGAAAUCUGAUGCAUACCAGAAUGAGUCCAUUAGGACCGAUCAAACCGUGUCUAAGAGGAAGGAUCUUGGUAGCACUCCCACAAGCAGGGUUGAGCCAGUGGCUUCUAGAGAGAGUUUUGUACCUGGACAUGAUGAAAACGGAAGAUCUAAUAACAAAGACUCCAUCAACAACUGUGACGAUUCUGACAAUAUUAUCUGCAGCCGGUCUAGCCAGGGCAAACGUUCUAGGAAAGCAAGCACGGUCAAAGAGCCAAUUCUUCAGUCUGUUAAGCGCCUGAAAUCUCAAGCGGCUUGAAGAGUCGUGGGGACCUUCACAACACUUCUCUCAAGAGUUUCUUUUUACUUGUACUGUUUAUAAAUAUAUAUAUAUACACUUAUAAUUAAUGGUGCUCAAUAUUUGCUCAGACAUUGGCAUGCAUGUAAAUUCCCAACAGAUAGGGACUGACAUGCACUGAACCUUCACAUAUGUUUCCAAUUACUCAGUCUGAACUUUUAUCAACUUAUUUAUAGAAUAUCGAAAAUGUGUACGUUUUUUUCUUGUUUCAAG